CAUCUUCACACCGCGGAAUCUCCGCCAGCUGCGCAGCCUCGCCAUCCUGAACAUCAGGGUAUUCCGUUGGCCUACGCUAAUUCACCGGAGUUAUUUAUUUAUUUGAAAUUAUAUAAUAGGAACUGGCAAGACAUACACUCCCGUUUCCAACCGACACACGGACUUGAUAACUCCAAUUCAUUAAAACUGAAGUGGAUACCUGUCUGACAGCAACACCGCAGCAGACCCGGUAACCAGACCAGCAGACAGCAGAACAGUCAGUGUAAGGUCGUGGUAAAACACAAGAACGAGGAGUCUGUAGAAAAGUGCCCUGCCAACCACACUUCAGCCAUGGCUGACCCCUCGGAAACCCCGCUGCGCUCCCCCAGCACCCCCCUCUCUCUCUCCUUCCCUUUCCUGAGAGAGGGCAGCCGUGUAUGGGAGGGCGGAGCUCCACCCCUCCCCAGGGAGCUGCUUAGUCCUCUGCCAACCAAGCGCACCCGAACAUACUCAGCUACUGUGAGGGCCACUUCGGGACCAGUAUUCAAGGGCGUGUGUAAGAACUUCUCCAGGUCACAGGGUCACGGUUUCAUUCGCCCCUCUCACGGUGGUGAAGACGUCUUUGUGCACAUCUCAGAUAUUGAAGGGGAGUAUGUCCUGGUGGAGGGGGAUGAGGUCACAUACAAAGUCUGCCGGGUCCCCCCUAAAAACCUGAAGGUCCAGGCAGUGGAGGUGAAGAUAAUACAUCAAAACCCAGGAACCAAGCACGAGACCUGGUCUGGACAGAUAAUCAGCUCCUAGGCUUCGGAUCAGGCCUGUUGAGUCACACUGGGGGAGGGCAGGGGUGGGAAGAGGUGGAGCGGGAGGUGAGGUACUUCUGGGUGAAAAAAAACAUUGGGGGGAGUACUGAAUUUAGAUACUCUAUACUUCUCCUCCAUGCAUGCUUUGAGUUGACCAAAUUAAUUCAAAUGUAUUGUUUAUACAUUCCACAUAUUGAUGCAAGUCUACGAAAUGCAUGUGACGACGUUGAUGAGUGCACACACUGGAGAGAAGGAUAGAUAACCAGAAUUCAGUCUCAAUCUGUUAGGCAUAAGAGCGAGUACAGGAAGUAGAGAGAGGAAGAGGGGUAGAGAGAGGAUGUGGAAGGGGAGGCCCAGGCCCGUUUGGGAGGGGAAGAGAUGAGAGUGUAUGAACAGAAGUCGAACUGAGUUGAAAAAUCAUCGAUGGAAGCAUGGGUGGGGG